AUCCGACCACCCUUUUCAAAUAAAAAUGCCCCCUAUUGUCAAAUAGCACAAUUGCAUCGAGUUUUAGGCCAAAUUGAAGCACAUGGUAAAAUGUGGAAAAACCAUGUAAGAAAUUGCCAUGGAAACGAGACAACCAUUAGUUAGCUCGCAUCCUUACAUCAGUGUGUGCUGGGAAUACUUGCCGUUAGGCAUAGCCAAGAAUUUAACAAAGACCAAUGCUUCUAUUCGAAAGACAAUCAAUGAUCGGUAGGAGAUUUUUUGCCUGCUCAGCCUAUCGAGAUCGGAAGCUAUGCCCUGCAUACGUUUUGGAAUCAGUGUGGGAAAAUGACAAAAGCAAGGGACAGAAAAUGGCAAAGCAGUCAACUACUCAACUACUUCUGAGGUCGCGUGAGCUAAACCAGAUCAGAGAGAAUAUCCUGAUGAGGCAUGAUCUAAAAAUGAAAGAUAGAGGCUUUUGUCAUUCUUGUGGAGAAAUUUUUGUGACCAUGGGACAACAUGUAAAUCAUAAAGUCACUGCAGCAGUUGGUGAUAAUUUACUAGAUGAACCCUCUAAGAUUUUAGAUCCCUUAGAUCAUUCCAAAAAAGAAGCACAAUAUUUCUUCUCUGAGGAUUCCAUAAAUGUUAUAUUGGGGCUCCUUCAAGAUGCAAAAGUUAGCCAUGUCCUUUGCAUUUCCUGUCCAACUAUCUUUAAAAAAUUAAAAAGGGACAGCUCUAAGAAAUGCUUGAUGCUUGAUCUGGACGUUAGAUUUCGCCAAUUUUACAGUCCGCAAGAAUAUCUGUUAUACAACAUGUUCAACCAUCACUUUUUUGAUGGGUCUCAAAGUGUUUCAGUCUAUGAACAGUUUUUGAUAGAAGGCAAAAAUAAUUUGGCUGUAGUUAUGGAUCCCCCAUUUGGAGGUAAAGUGGAAGUUAUUUCACAUACUCUGCAGACAAUCGAUGACGAGUACAAGCAUCUGAAUGGGCAGAACGCUUCGGAUAUUUCAAAAUUCUGGAUAUUUCCCUAUUUUAUGGAGACUCAGAUUGUGUCUAAUCUACCUUCAUUUGCCAUGCUUGACUACAAAGUUGAGUAUACAAACCAUAGCCAGUUUCAAAAAGGACCUCAAGGGAGAAAACAAGGGUCUCCAGUCAGAAAAAUUACUAAUGUCAGCCUUCAAAAACUUAAAUUACCUGCCAGGGAAGGAUAUAAGUAUUGCACCUUCUGCAAAAAAUGGAUAAGUCCUGAGAACAGACAUUGCAUGAUCUGUAAUUCUUGAACAUCUAAGGACGGAAGGACUUACGUGCACUGCGACCAAUGCAAAAGUUGUGAUCCAUAGCCACAAAAAUGCGGUUGGAUCGCAAAUGCGUUUUACUAUACCAAGAUUCCCGGGGAAUGUACUAAACACCAUCCCACGUUGGAAUAAAAUGGUGGACAAAGUUUCCAGUUUUCGAAGCAGUUUCUUCUUUAUUAUUUUUUUACUUUCUUGUUUGUAUUGUAUAGUACUCCGUUUAAAAGUGCCUUAUGUACAAUUCAGUAAUGAAGGAAAUUAUUAUUGCGUGAAAAAACA